AUGAAGGAUUAUAAAGAGAAAAAUGAAAAUAAUAUAAACUCGUUAGCAAACGAAAUAAUUGACUAUACUGUGUUUAGCAUAUGCAUUUCACUUUUGUCAGGAGUUCAAAUAAAAUGUUUAGGUGAUUCACAAAGGAAAAAUAAAAAAGAAAAAAAUGAAAUUGAUAAGGCUCAUCCUGAUUGUUUAAAACAAAUGCCAACUAUUUAUAAAACAUUUAAAAAAAGCUAUAUAAAAGAUUUAAAAAUAUUUAAUACAUUGCCUAAAAAGGUUUUACAUAAUGAGAAUGCAUAUCAUGCUAUUUCAUUUUACAAAGAAAAAAAUAAAAACUAA